AUGGCCUCCACAAGAACCUGCUUGUCGCAACUGACACGAACCACGCUAUCACGACCGAAUCUCUACGUCCCUUCAAUCUCGAUACAGCAGCGUGGUGCUGCACAGAGUGCCAACGCCCAAAAGUACAAGCGCAAGGAAUUGCCCACAUCGCAGCGCAAGAAGAAGAGCAGGACCACCUUCAUCAACCAUGACCUGAAAGACGCCAUCCAGUUCCCUCUGCAUCCANGAUACCUUCGCGCAACAGAAGUCGGUCGCGUGCCAACAUCCUCCAAGUACGAACUGCACCUUCGCCUCAAAUCCCUCAAGAACGGUCCCGUAGUCCGCAACCGCAUCCGCCUCCCACAUCCCGUAAAGACCGAUCUGCGCAUCGCCGUCAUCUGUGACCCCAACUCUUCCACCGCCGCUGCUGCAAGAAAGGCUGGAGCGACUUUGGUUGGCGAGGAGGCCAUUUUCGACGCUGUAAAGGAGGGCCGUAUCGAGUUCGACCGCUGUCUGUGCCACCAGGACUCGCUCGCAAAGAUGAACAAGGCGGCGUUGGGAAGAAUUCUGGGUCCCAGAGGCUUGAUGCCUAGCGCAAAGACAGGAACAGUCGUCAAGGAUGUUGCGGCAAGUGUGCAGGACAUGGUUGGUGCAAGCGAGUACAGAGAACGUCUGGGUGUCAUUAGAAUGGCCAUCGGACAGUUGGGCAUGACCNCCGAGGAGUUGUCGAGGAAUAUCAGAAGCUUCAUCGAGAAUGUCAAGAAGGACAUGGCUGGUAUGAGCGACAGAAUUGCCAAGGAUAUCCACGAGGUGGUUCUCUCAUCAACCAACGGACCCGGUCUCAGUCUGAACGGCGACCUCAGAGGUCCUGACUCGAUACCCACAAAGGACCUCGCAACUGCCAUGUAA